ACUUACUUGGACAAGGUGGAAGCAAGUUGUAAGAAGCUGUCAAGUGCCUUCCAGUACAAGGUUGACUUUCCAGAGAUGGACUGUGAAAAAGGCUGGUCUCUGCUUUCAUUAGGAGGGAGGUAUUAUGAGAGGGCCAAAGCCUGUUUUGAAAAGGCCCUGCAGUCAGACCCUGAGCACCCCGAAUUUAACACUGGAUUUGCCAUUGUCAUGUACCGUAUGGAUGAAAUUUAUAGAGAUGGGACUGAUAGUAAAAGCCUUUCUCUGAGCCCUUUGAAGAAGGCACUUAGCCUGGAUCCAAAAAAUACAUUUCUGAAGGUUCUCUUGGCACUAAAGCUUCAGGAUAUAGAGGAAAGCUCUAAAGGAGAAAAAUACAUUAAGGAAGCCCUUGACCAAGUACCAGUGGAGCCAUAUGUCCUACGCUAUGCAGCAAAAUUUUACCGCCGAGAAGAUAACCCAGAGAAGGCUAUUAAGCUCUUAAAAAAGGCCUUAAAACUGGCACCAACCUCUGCUUUCCUCCUUCACCAAAUGGGCCUUUGUUAUAGGUCUCAAAUGAUCCAAAUCAAGAAGGCCACAAGGAACAAGCCAAGGGGAAAGGACAAAGAGGAAGUUGACAGGCUAGUCCGAACUGCUAUUUUUUAUUUUGAAUCAGCCAUUAAACAGAAACCUUUAUUCGUGUUUGCUCACUUAGAUUUAGCCAAUAUGUACUCUGAAGUAGAUCAGCUUAGAGAAGCAGAAGACCUUUUUAAAAAAGCCCUGGGCCUGGAGCAUGCCAGAAAACGGGAGAAGCAAGGAGCCCAUUACCGAUAUGGCCGUUUCCUGGAAUAUACCAGGAGGGCUGAAGAUAUCGCCAUUCAUCAUUAUUUAGAAGGGAUAAAGGUAAAUCCUGAGUCUUGCACCAAAAUUGUUGAGGUUUUACAGAGAUUAGCUACCAAACGGCUGAAUCAGAAUUCUUUAGAUACAAAGAGUUUGGGAGCUCUUGGCUUCAUUCACAAGCUGAAGGGAGAGAAAGAAGAAGCUUUAGAAUAUUAUGAAAAGGCCCUGAAGCAGGAUCCUAAUAAUAGUGAAUAUAUCAGUGCUCUGUUAGAGCUGCGCCUCUCCUUUUAAAAUCCCACAUUUUAUAUGUUUUUUUUAAUUAUUGACAAUAUUAAAAUUAAAAUAGUAAAUAUUUAAGAAAUA